AUGGACCGCCCAGAGCCGGGCCUGAUCAAAUGGUCACCUUCACCAGAGCGUGACAGCUUCAUCCAUGUUAACCUGACGCAACGGGUGGUCCAGCUAUACCAGCCAACAGGCCGUGCUCAUCGUGGUCGCUUCGAGUAUGAAAAGCUCCAGAAGCAUGACGAGUCGCCGCCAUUGACGACGUAUGACUGGUCGCCGUUCAUACCCGACCUGGUCGCCGUGGGCACGGCUAGUGGUACGGUCAAUCUCCUUCGCAUUGAUGGUUCUAAUGGAUACUACGAGCUUCCCAUCAGGCAAGGGCGCAUGUGCCAGUCUGUUGCGUUCAACACUGGCAGCUUGCUAGCGGUUGGCUUGGAUCGAGUACGAAACGACCAGUGUUUGCAUGUUUGGGAUGUGAAUCGUCUGGCAAGCCGCAAAGAACCGGGACUUCCUGUCGAUCCUCAAGGGACCCGAGAGGCGGACCGCGCUGUGCCUCCUGUUCGACAGAUUGAACCUAGCGUGUCAGUGUCGAGCACUAAAUUCUUUGAGGACAGCCCCCAGACUCUCGUUGCCGCGGUCAAGAACCAGGGAAUACGUAUCUACGAUUUGAGAGACCCCCAGGGAGCUGUCAUCAACUUUCAGACCAGGUGCAAUAACAAUCUUGCAAUCGACUAUGCGGACUCCAAUUACUUUGCUUCCUCAUCUCUAGACCAGCCAGCAGUCAUUGUCUGGGACCGACGUGCAGCUGCAAGAGCCUCAUCAUCGCCGUCAUACCUGGAGGCCGUCGACUCUGACAGUCUCCCAUGGGGUGCUGCACUCAAGGUAGAGACAGCGAUUGACGUUGACCCUCGGCAGUUCAACGACAGGCACUCCCUGAUUCGAUCAUUGCGCUUCUGCCGGGACCAGAGAGGCUUGCUGGCCGCUCUGUCGCGGACAGGACAGCUAAAAGUAUACGAGACUCUCAAAGAAAUAGAUAACCCCGAAGUCCUUUUCGAGAAUAGCCCAGAACUCCUGAACAUCAGGAAGUCGAGCGACCUCGAUCUGGGCCACAUGCAGACAUCUGAGCUCAAGAACGACCGAAUCGUUUCCUUCGACUGGGUCAACCUGAGCUCUCCAGCUCUCAGGCCUCGAGCGGUGGUCCUUCGACAGAAUGGAUCCUUUGAUAUCCUCGAGAAACCGUCAUUCACUACCGAUCAUGUGUACAAGAUGGUGCCAUGGCAGGCCCCACAUCGCGGUCUUCUGGAAGGGUCAAGUUACCACAGCAUGAUGCGAUUCGAUGCGCCAACUUAUCGCGAAAUGCUUGGAUCCAGAUUGAUAGACGAUGCGCUGGCAGAGAUCGCACUGUUCGGUGACAACAAGGCCGAUUUGAAACCUAUCAUACAGGGUGUGCUACAAAGCCAGCCACCGGAUCAUGACGUGGUUGAAGAUGCCAUGGCUUCCAACCAACCACUGCCAGACGCGCUGAAGCACCUACCCACCACUUCCAGCAAGCUAAUAGAGCUCAGGCGCUUCUCGCGAGAUGCGCUGCAGCCGAAACGAGCGGCGAAAGACCCAGAACGGCGGCCUGCUAGUAUCGAGGAACUCAGUCUGUCUCUGGCAAGCCUCAGUACCGCUGGUGGAGAACCGCCCACCAACCUGCAAUUGCGAGAGAAACUGCUCGGGACAAUAUGGCACACGACUGGCUUUCCAAAGGAGGCCCAGACCAUCAUCAACCACACCAUGCUAUACCGGGCGAUCGACAAGUACUCGUUUGACUACACGCACAACCGCGAGGUCGUCUCUGACGACCCUUGGCUCAGAGACCUCUGGGACUGGGUUGCGGGGGCAGAUGAAGCGGCCUAUGAUGGCGGAAUGAUGUACCAAGGCAUGGAUCUAAGUUUUGUCGGAGUGUCCAGCAUCUGGUUCCACGACCUAGGCCGAUGUGGCCAUUAUCGCCUCACGUCGGGCGGGCCCAUGCCAGACGACACGACGUGGAGUCGGUGCCUGCAAUCGAUCAACAAACGGAGCGGUGCACUUGCGUAUGACGGCUGUGAGACUUCGCGAUCAGCACACAGGGCCGCUGCCAUGCACAUGUGUGGCUGGGGUUGGUCCGCCCACGGAGCUUUCUCAGACUAUGCGAAAAUGCCCGAGUCUGAGCGGACUUCGUCUUGGCACACGAUGGCCACGGCUCAUGCACUCUUCACAGGAGACUCAAAGAAGGCCAUUCAGCACCUGAAAGAUGCAAGUGCAGAGUAUCCGGAGCUCCUAUUUGUCUCACUGGCCCUCCAACUCAUUGGCAGAGGCGACGUUGAUCUUGCCAAGGAACAGCUGGACUUCGACCAGGCCGCGGCGUCCCGAACGGAUCCGUACCUGCGUGCCAUCUCUUCUCUGAUUGCCACCAACGACUGGGAGCUCAUUGCUGACCAGGAGUCUCUUCCUCUCCGCGAGCGGACGUACAUUGCUCUUCGCAAUUUCGACGAUGAGAAGCUGUCGCAGUGGCUGCGAGUCCAGGUGGCUAAAGCCAAAGAGACUGGAGAUAUCCAGGGCAUUCUCCUUACAGGCAUUACAGACGACCUGGUCGACAUUAUGGCGACAUAUGUUGAAAAGUACAACGACGUACAGACGGCGACGCUUGUCUUGUCCAUUUGCUCACCCCGGUACAUAGACGACUACCGCUGCACUGCCUGGCGCAACGCGUACCGUGCCUAUCUGCAACGCCACAAGGCGUACUUCCAGCGCACGAAGUUCGAGGUUGAGAGCACCAAGAAGAGCAAGAGAGGCGGCUUGCCCACCAUCAAGUCUCCGUCCCGCCAGAUUGCGCUGCGCUGCGUGUACUGCGAUGCCGAGUAUGAGCUGUCCAAGAUGGGGUCGGUGCCGGUAUCGGCCGGCAACGACAACAAGCAUUCUCUGGCGUGGGCGAGCAUCAACGCGGGCGUGAGCUGUCCCAACUGCGGCCGGCAUCUCCCUCGCUGCGUCGUGUGCCUGGAGGUUGUAGGUGUCCCUCGAUCAGACAAGCCCGAGGCUUCCCCUGACCCCGAGGUCCGAGCCGCGGCGAGAUUCCCAACCUUUUGCUUACAAUGCGACCACGUGUUACACUUGGACCAUGCCCGGCAGUGGUUCGCGAGGCAUGUCGAGUGCCCAGUGCCCGAGUGCCGGUGCCGGUGCAACUUUCGUGCGAAUCCGGAAUUGAACUACAAGUAG